ACCUCCAGGGGCACCCAGAGCCCCGUCAGCCCCACAGCGGAGCCCGGGCAGGUAGGUCAGAGGGCUACAGGCCUUAUGCUGUAGGAGGAAGUGGAAUCCUCAUUCUCAUGCACACAAUGCCACUUUUAUGCCACAACCUGCCCCUCCCUGGCACAGCUCCGUGCCGUUCCCUCGGGCCCUGUCGCUGCCACAGAGAGCAGAGCUCAGCGCUGCCCCUCUGCUCCCCGUUGGGAGCUGCAGCCGCCAUGAGGCCUCCCCUCAGCUCCUCUGCUCUGUGCUGGAUGAGCCAAGGGACUUCAGACACUGCUCAUGUAUCUUUGUAGGCCUCCUUUGGAGACUCUCCAACAGCUUUAUGUCCUUAUAUUGCGAUGCCCAAACCUGCAUCCAGUACUCAAGACUUGCACAUCCACACACGCGUGUCUUUUCAUCUAAGACCGAACAUUCCCAUCUGUGCUGCAGUGAGCUAGCUGAACAUCUCAGCACUGGCCAGGAUUGCAACAGAGAUGGUCUUUGCAGCUUUCCAGGGGGUGAUAUCCUCUGCGGUCCCAAGGAAUUAAUAGGAAUAAGAUGCAGCAGCUCAUGUUUUCCUAGACUGGUGCAGAAAGAAGCGAGCAUGGGAAUGAAGUUCUCUGAAUGAUCUUUAAAAAUUCAAGCUCCUACGGCACGACCCGAAAGAAGGGUGUUGCUUUUCCUGGAAAACAUUGGUGUCAUCUACUCGAAUGUAAAGUCCACUCUCAGUGUGCGGCACUGAUAAAGAAAACUAUCAGAGAGUAUUUUCAAAGGAAAAAUCAGGAGAUUAUCUAUCAAUAAGAAGUACCAGUGUGGUCUCCAGUGCCAAAGCUAGGGGACUUUCUGCUAAGCACAGUACCUGCAUCGCUGUAAUUCAGAGACUGCGGCAGCUGGAAGUUCUUACAAGUCAUAAACCUGUGGACUCUGAUUUGCUUCUGUGCUGUAAGUCAGCACUGAAGGAAUGGACAACUCCAACAAAACCCCCCACAGAUGUGUUGUGAGAGUCCAGCAAGUGAAUUAGAAGAAACAACUCGACUCACAAUAUCUCACCUGACUCAUGUCUGAAUCUCAGCUAAUGCAACGCUGAUUUUGAACACCUUUGUAUAUCAGAUUCAACGAUGUUUGUGUUGCUGUACAUUACAAGUUUUGCCAUCUACACCAGUGAACAACCUCUUCAAAACCAGUUCAAAGGAGAGAACUACCACACCAGAUACAUCUGCAGUAUCCCUGGGUUGCCAGGUCCCGUGGGCCCCCCUGGAGCUAACGGAGCCCCAGGGCCACAUGGACGCAUUGGUCUUCCAGGAAGAGAUGGUAGAGAUGGCAGGAAAGGAGAAAAAGGUGAAAAGGGGAGCGCAGGUUUAAGAGGAAAAACUGGGCCAUUAGGACCAACCGGAGAGAAAGGAGACCAAGGUCAGUCUGGGAAAAAAGGACCAGGAGGACUGAUUGGUGCCAAGGGUGAAGUAGGUCCAGCUGGACCACCUGGACCUAAGGGAGAUAAAGGAGACCGAGGAGAGCCAGGUGCACCAGGGGUCUGUAAGUGUGGGAAGAUAGUGCUGAAAUCUGCCUUUUCUGUUGGCAUCACCACCAGCUACCCUGAGGAAAGACUACCAAUUGUAUUCAAUAAAGUCCUCUUCAAUGAGGGUGAACAUUACAACCCUUCCACAGGGAAGUUUAUUUGUGCCAUCCCAGGGAUUUAUUAUUUUUCUUAUGACAUCACCUUGGCAAAUAAGCACCUUGCGAUUGGGCUGGUUCACAAUGGGAAGUACCGCAUAAAGACAUUCGAUGCAAACACAGGAAACCACGACGUAGCUUCUGGGUCCACUGUGAUCUACCUUCAGCCAGAAGAUGAAGUAUGGCUUGAGAUCUUCUACACUGACCAAAAUGGUCUCUUUUCAGACCCAACAUGGGCAGACAGCUUGUUUUCUGGAUUUCUCUUAUACGUUGAUACAGAUUACCUUGAUGCUUUAUCGGACGAAGAUGAGCUCUGAAGCAGAUAAUGUCAGAUCACAGCCAAACGACAAUCCAGCACAUGACUUUAUCUGGCCGUGUGUAGGACACAAAGUGGAAAAUGAAUAACCUGGGAAUUUAUUUUUGCUUUGACAGGAAGCAAAUCUGAGUUCAGAUUCUAGAAUCAAAGCUGGAUUCUUUACCAAACAACAGGGAUAUCAAAAGGAACUAUAACUAACAAAAGACUGCAUCGCUCCAGGACAGACUCCUCAUGGAAGUUAUGUUUACGAUAUUAUUUAAACAAAUUUAAGAUACUGUACAUUGGAUUUUAUAUAAAAUAUAUUAAGUUACAAAGUAGAAUUGAUAUUUUGUAUACGAUAUUAAAGAAAAACUGAACAAUUGA